UUGCGUGGCUGUCGUCGGUCGCCAUUGCGGCUGAGGAGUUCGCAACGUUUGCGCUUCACACGUCUCGUACUCUUAUCUCGUAGUGUCCGUUUCCGUUUGUGCAGUUCGUGUCGCGCUCAAAUUGCUUGUCGAUCUCUGUUUGCUUUUGUUUGGUUUUCGCGGUCGGCCCUCAUUCCAGACUGAGCAAACUUACCGAAUUAGACGGCCGUCUAACAUCAUUCAGUUGCCGUCGUUUCUGCGCUCGUUCCGUCGCUGCAAACGCGUCGCGUCGAUCGUCUCGCUCAUCGUACUUUCCUUUGUGACUCAAUGAAGCAGUCGAUAACGAUUACUGUGAAACUAGGCCGAAUGGAGGAGAAGAAGCCGGGGUCGCGCUUGAAACGGCGCAACGCGAUGAGGCGCCCAAAGACGUUCGGUGGUACCAAAUUCAUGAGCAAGAGCGAGCAGAGCCUGCCGGAGGCCGUUCUGGAGGAGGAGACCGACUCGUGUGCGUCGUCAACGAAGAGCUCGCCAAUGCCGUCGCCGAUAUCUUCCCAGGAAGGAGAGGAGCCUAUCUUUGGCGAUGUUGAGUGCAAUGUUGUUGAGCAGGGAGUGCACACGAUACGCCGCUUUUCGUCCUACGACCGUGCCGUUGGAUACAGCGUGCGAGAGAAGAGUCUCGAGGCGAGCGGUGAUCCAUUCCAACGCAGCGUCUCGCUUGAGGAAUCUGUGGGGAGAGAAUCUCCGAAUCAAAAAUCGAAGACGACCAAGUCGCCGUUCAGGCUCCUGUGGAAAGGACGUUCGAGAUCGAAAGAGACGGAUGUGGAGAACAGGAAUUUUGACAACGCGGUGAGCGAAUGCAAGGCGUCGUCUCCGAUUCGAUGUAUACCAGUGACUAAACGAGCCCGCAAUAAGAACGGAUCCGUUAUGAAGAGACCAGCAUCUAUAGCCUCGUUUAGGGAUGACUCUGUCGUGGAGGAAUUUUGUAAGAAAGGUGUUGCGAUACCUAAGAGAAUGCAGCAGCACAAGAAUGUUUCCAAUAGUUUGCCCAGACGGAUGGCCAUGUGUUUUCCUGUAUUUCUCAGUGGCAGUGUUGACAAUGACAAUGCUACUCCUCCUAUGUCACGUUCGAGUUCUCCACUCAGAGUCAAGAUGUUAAACUCAUUGGACUUGAGACAUCAGAAUGGUGUCAUCUCGCAGAAUACUGUUGUCCCACAGAAUACUGUUGUCCCACAGAGUAGUACUGUUGUCCUUGAUAUGUCAAGCGACCGACACACUUAUGCUCUUCAUACAUCGAAGUCUGAGCCGGAUCUCACAGAGGCUGUUGAGACAUCGGGAUUGGACGACUCUGUCUUGCCUGACUUGGAUGUUGUAACAGAAGUGGAUAGUAUAUUGAAGAUGAAUGUCGAUCAUCUAGUGGAGGAGAUCACGCUGUUGGAUUGUGAAAAAUGGAAGAGCAUAUCGCCGACCGAACUCGAGGACUGUUCUUGGAUGAAGAAAGAAAAGCACAAAUUAGCACCGAACGUGAUGGAGCUCAUUGACUGGUUCAACCGUUUGGCUCUCACGGUAGCGACUCAGGUUCUCAGCGAGGAGAGCGCGUCGGUGCGAGCGCGCAUUGUUUCCCGUUUCGUCCAGAUUGCCCACAAACUGUGGAUAACUCGGAAUUUCAAUUCACUGAAAGCUGUACUAGCUGGUCUUCAGUGCACGCCAGUGUUCAGACUUCGGAAAACAUGGAAGGAAGUAUCGUCGAAGAAACGGCGAAUUCUUCGUGAACUGACUGAGGUUAUGUCUGAAGACGACAACUACAACGUCUAUCGUCAUGAGCUGGCUCAUGCUCUCAAAGGAGAACAGUGUGUAGCUUUCUUGGGAGUCUUUUUGACGGACGUGUGUCAGACAUUGUCAUAUCAGCAAGUGAAACAUCAGCGACAGUUGAGCGACGGUGGAGAAAAGACAUCAAAGAACAUCGAGAAGGUUGUGAAACAGCAUCGUCGUUGUGUGAGCAGUGAAGUCGGUGCAGGCCAUCGCAUUCAGACCGACACUAUUCCUCUGCACUCGUACUCUCAGAGUCUCGAUCGCGGCGACGAGCAAUUCUUUCCGCACCGAGUGCGGUCGGUUGAUCCGGUUCACCUCAUGGACAGUGGAGUCGGCAGUAGCGACAGCGUCGGAUCCGAAUACGAGAGAGGAGAGUUGACAUGCUCUAUUACAAGAGUUGGAGGGAACCAACGCGGUAGCCCACCGAUACCUGAUGAGGAAGUUCGUAUUCAUCGUGUUCAUUCGAGUGAAUUUCGACGCGUGCCUUCGACUCCCAUCAUGUCGAGGUCCAAGAUUCAAAACAGCACUUACUUACCAUUACCGUCCUCCAACUCGGCCGUCCACAUCACGACCGACUGGCGUUACAGCAACCCGUUGAGCGACUACGAACUCUUUCGAUACGGAGCACUUCUCGACGUUCGAGCCAUCUGGCAACAAACAGAACGACUCGCACUCUCUCGUUUGACAUCCCCAGUUCGGUCUCAAUCUCCGGUCUCCGGAUAUCCGAGUUUAGAGCAACAAAACGAGACAAGCAACGGAGACAGGCAACUCCGUCGUGCAUCGAACAGCAGCUCGGAUGACGAGGUAUCAAUACUCAACCAACAGGAAAUUGAUGAUAACAAAUUUGAAUCAUCCAGCCCUCCUGUUCUGUUGACCGUUCCUUGUAAUACGCAGUCGUCCAAACAGACAACCCACACGUUACUGGAACGAACGAGUUUGAUUCAACCUCCUAAUCGACUGCAAAGAACCGAAACGACACCCGUGAUAUCUUCAUCGGCGCUCGCAAAGAAAGAACUGCCCAAGAGCAUCCGAGAUCAACUGUGGACGUAUCAGGAGAAGACGUUGCACUUUACACUGCGAAGUCGACGUGACAUACGGAGUUUCCUUACUAAUGUCAAGUAUAACUCGGAGGAGGCAAACUAUCGGUUGUCCCUCCGUCGAGAGCCGAGAGAUUCGAGCAAGUCGACAUCGUGAUCUCUGGGACAUUGUGUACAUACGGCCGUUGUGUGAUAUGGAGUGGGUUGAUAUUAAAUUACUUGUAAGUACAUUUAUUUGUUUAAAUUGUCUAUAACUGUUGCGAUGCUCAGAGUAUCUGUAUACUACUUAUUUAUUUAUAAUAUUUAUGAACAAAGUGUAAUUCGUAAUAAUACACUAAAACUUGCUGAUUUCA